AUGAAAGCUGUUCGUAGAAUUCUCCGUUACUUGAAAUCCUCACCGGGUAAAAGAGUACUAUUUGCUCGACAUGAUCACUUAAAGAUAGAAGCUUAUACAGAUGCUAAUUGGGCAGGGUCAAUCAUAGACCGACGCUCCACCUCUGGAUAUUGUCUAUUUGUUGGAGGUAACUUGGUUACUUGGCGGAGUAAGAAACAAUCAGUGGUUGCAAGAUCCAGUGUAGAGGCCGAGUUUAGAGCAAUAGCCCAUGGGAUAUGUGAGAUAUUAUGGAUGAAGAUAUUAUUGAGGGAGCUUGGAUAUGAUAGUAAGGAUCCCAUCAAGCUGUUUUGUGACAAUAAAGCAGCAAUUAAUAUUGCUCAUAAUCGAGUUGUACAUGAUCGGACAAAAAAUAUGGAAAUUCAUAGAAACUUUAUCAAGGAGAAACUGCGUAAAGGCAUCAUUUGUACUCCAUAUGUAAGAACUGGAGAUCAACUCGCAGACAUCUUGACAAAGGGGGCAGCAACUAAUCACUUCCAUAGAAUCCUGGACAAGCUGAGAUACUUCAACUAUGUGAAAAGUGUGGCAAUAGUAAAAUCAAAUAAGGAUACAAGAUAUGGAUUGGAUUCAAUAGUGACACAUGAUGGGGCAAAAUUGCCAUGCUUGGCCUUACCUGAUUUGUCAUCAUUCAGACAAAAGUUUGGUCUUGAGGCAUAUGAUCAAUUAGAUGUGAUUGGUAUUGAUGAAGGUCAAUUCUUUGAGUACCUUUAUGAUUUCAGUCGUGAAGCUGCUGAUCAUGAUGGCAAAAGAGAGAAAAGCUUGGUUUCAUGGAAUGCAAUGAUUACAGGGUAUGUGCAAAAGGGGCUUGAAGAAGUGGGGUUAAAUCUUUAUUACAAGAUGAGACAGACUGGUUUUAUUCCAGACCAGUAUACCUUUGCAUCAGUCUUCAGAGCUUGUGCCACUUUAGCAACACUUAAGCAUGGGAAACAGGCCCAUGGUGUCUUGAUCAAGUGUCAAAUUAGGGAAAAUGUGGUAGUCAAUAGUGCCCUUAUGGACAUGUACUUUAAAUGCAGUAGUUUAUCUGAUGGGCAUUGGGUAUUUGACAAGUCUUUAAAUAGGAAUGUUGUUAUGCGGACUGCUUUAAUCUCUGGCUAUGGUCAGCAUGGAAAAGUUGUAGAGGUUUUGGAAUCUUUUCAUAGGAUGAAAACUGAAGGUUUCAAACCAAAUUAUGUUACUUUCCUUUCAGUUCUUUCUGCUUGCAGUCAUGGAGGUUUGCUUGAUGAGGGUUGGGCAUAUUUCUCAUCUAUGACCAAAGAUUAUGGAAUUCAGCCAAGAGGGCAACAUCAUGCAGCUAUAGUUGAUCUUUUAGGGCGUGCUGGCCGGUUACAAGAAGCGUACGAACUUGCUAAUGCUUGUAAGGAGCACUCAGUGAUAUGAGGUGCUUUGCUUGGGGCUUGAAGGGUUCAUGGAGAUAUAAAUUGUAAAUUUUAG